CCGACUUUCAAACCAUAAGCAAAGUACCAAAUCACAAUUGUUUGCGGGUAAAUAAAAAAAUCCAAAUUUUCCUAAAAUGAACACCACCUUGCACAAGAUCAGGUGGUGUUGGUUACCAGCACAACUUGCCCACUACUCAGUUAAACAACUUUAAAACCUUUGCCCUUUCAAAGGAAAAAAACAAGAAUAGAAUGGUUCCUACCAUGAUACCUCAAUAUCCCAUUUAGCCAAGAAAAAAAAGGAGCGAUCUUUUUUGCCCUUUCUAAACGUUUCCUUGAAUUCAAGCUUCCUAGUUCCUCCCAUGGCCGGACUCGAGGAGCUGAGGAAAAAGCUCGCGCCCCUCUUCGAUGCCGAGAAGGGUUUCUCAUCUGGGUCGACAAUUGAUCCUACUGAUUCUUACAUGGUCUCAGAUGGUGGAACCGUGAAUUUGCUGAGCAGAUCAUACAAUAUAUACAACAUAAACGAGAUGGGCCUGCAGAAAUGUAGCUCAUCAUCGUCGCCAUGGCCGUUUUUAGCUGAUGAGGGCGAGAAAACGUACAGAUGUGCUUCUCAUGAGAUGAGGAUUUUUGGGUCAAUUGGGUCUGGAGCCAGCAGUGUUGUUCAGAGGGCUAUUCAUAUACCCAAUCACAGAAUUAUUGCUCUCAAGAAGAUUAAUAUCUUUGAGAAGGAAAAAAGACAGCAGCUUCUUACUGAAAUAAGAACAUUGUGUGAGGCCCCAUGUCAUGAAGGCCUUGUCCAAUUUUAUGGUGCUUUUUAUACACCAGACUCUGGACAGAUAAGCAUAGCUUUAGAGUACAUGGAUGGUGGAUCUUUAGCAGAUGUAAUUCGCAUACGUAAAAGUAUACCAGAACCCAUUCUUUCUGUAAUGGUGCAUAAACUCUUAAUAGGACUAAAUUACUUGCAUGGAGUUAGACACUUAGUCCACAGAGAUAUCAAACCUGCAAAUUUGCUCAUAAACCUCAAGGGCGAGACGAAGAUUACAGAUUUUGGUAUAAGUGCUGGCUUAGAGGAUUCGAUGGCUAUGUGUGCAACUUUUGUUGGAACUGUCACUUAUAUGUCUCCUGAGAGAAUUCGUAAUGAAACUUAUUCUUAUCCGGCUGAUAUUUGGAGCCUCGGCCUUGCGCUUUUCGAAUGUGGGACUGGUGAGUUUCCAUACAGUGCAAAUGACGGUCCUGUUAAUCUUAUGUUACAGAUUUUGGAUGAUCCAUCUCCUUCAUUAUCGGACAAGAAUUUCUCUCCCGAAUUUUGUUCGUUUGUUAAUGAUUGCCUCCAGAAAGAUCCAGCUGAUAGACCUACAGCUGAGAAGUUACUUUCACAUCCAUUCAUCACAAAGUAUGAGAAUGCUGGGGUUAACUUGGAAACUUUUGUCCAAAGUAUAUUUGAGCCGACACAGAGGUUAAAGGAUCUAGCAGAUAUGCUGGCAAUCCACUAUUACUUACUCUUCGAUGGAGUGGAUGAUCUUUGGCAUUACGUGAAGACUUUCUAUGAAGAGGAUUCGGUUUUCUGUUUUGGCGGGAAAGAGUCGGUUGGGCGAGAUGAAAUAUUUUAUACAUUAUCACAAAUUCGAAUGACGUUGAAUGGAAAUUGGUCUUCUCAAAAGCUCGUGCACGUUGUUGAAAAACUUCAGUGCCGUGCUCACGACCAAAAUGCGAUUGCGAUUCGGGCAAACGGGUCGCUUAUAAUCGGGAAUCAGUUCUUGAUUUGUGGGGAUGGAGUGCAAGUAGAGGGCUUGCCCACUUUUUCUGAUCUUUCGAUCGACUUACCUAGCGUGCGCGUGGGGACAUUUCACGAGCAGUUUAUAAUGGAAAAAUCAGAUAUUAUCGGCCAGUACUUUAUUUCGAGACAAGAGCUACACGUUGUUCAAUAAUAAUUAUGAAUCAGAAAAAAGUUUGCGAAGGACAAUAAUUCCAUCUUGGUGUGGAUUUACUGCAAGUUAUCAGCUGUUCGGUUUUAGUUAUCAGCUGCAAGCUUAGCGAAUUCGUAACUUUAAAAUCCUUAGCUUUGCUGAAGGAUAUUUUACUCGUGCGAAUUCAGUGUCAAGGUUUAGUUCAAACAAAAUUUAAUCAUGGAAAUAGCCCCUGAGGUUUAGUGUAAUCGUCAAAAUAAACGCUCAUCGUUUAGAAUUACAAAUAACGCUUUGAGGUUCGGCUUUGCCUUACAAAUAGAUCGACACUGCAAUUCCUCUUGAAGGUACGCUUCUGCAAGGUAAGUACAAACGUCGAGGGGUUUUUCUUUGAAGAUUGGUGGGGCUUUUAUCUAAAUUAGGUCUUAACAUAUGAGCUUCAGUUUUUAGUUGUAUCAAUAAUUGGAGUUUUUAGCUGAUUAUUGUAGCUUCAGUUUUUAUGUUAUUGUCUUCAUAUUUUCUGUAUAAGACCUGUAAUUGUAAGUAGAUACUAAAUAAAAGCUGUAAUACAUGUUCUUGUAAAACUCUCUCUCUCUCUCUCUCUGUG